GCCAUGGAAUUCCCAUCAGAAGACAUUUUUUUAAUGACAGCUUCUCCAGUUCUAAAAGCUGUAACAAAUUUCAGACAGGUCUCCAAAACGCUUGAGGAAUUUGAUGUAGAAGAGCAGCCAAGUUCCCUAUUAGAAAAGCGAUAUCCCAAUAUAAAAGUUAUACAGUCUGGAGUAAAACAAUUGAGAAGCGAUGAACAUAAAAUUUUCACUGAAGAUGGGAAAGAAUACAUGUAUGAAAAACUUUGCCUGUGUGCUGGAGCAAAACCAAAAUUAAUUUUUGAAGGAAACCCAUAUGUAUUAGGAAUCCGGGAUACUGACAGUGCACAGGCUUUCCAGAAGAAUUUGGCUCAAGCUGAGAGAAUAGUAGUGGUAGGAAAUGGUGGGAUUGCACUUGAAUUAGUGUAUGAAAUUCAAGGCUGUGAAGUGAUCUGGGCUAUCAAAGACAAAGCCAUUGGGAAUACUUUUUUCGAUGCAGGAGCAGCCGAAUUUCUCAUUCCAAAGCUGUCUGCUGAAAAACGAGAGGCUCCAAUUCAAUGUAAAAGAACCAAGUACACAAUGGAAGGAAGGGAGGAAAAAGAAACACCUGUAACAGCUGAUAAACUGGGCAGUGCUUUAGGCCCUGACUGGCAUGAGGGUCUAAGUCUUAAAGGGACUAAAGAGUUUUCUCAUAAAGUACAUAUUGAAAUACUAUGUGAAGUAAAGAAAAUACACUUACAGCAAGAAUUUCUACAACUGCAACAGACUUCUUUGGCUUUUCCUAAAGAAGAGAAGAAUGUGGAACCAGAUGAAGUGCUGUGGCCUGUGUAUGUGGAAUUAACUAAUGGAAAAAUUUAUGGAUGCAAUUUCAUUGUCAGUGCAACUGGAGUUGUGCCAAAUGUUACACCGUUUCUUGCUGGCAAUAAUUUUGCUCUAGGUGAAGAUGGAGGUCUUAAGGUGGAUAAGCACAUGCAUACAUCCCUACCAGACAUAUAUGCAGCUGGAGAUAUCUGCACAGCGUCCUGGGAACCAAGUCCAGUGUGGCAUCAGAUGAGGCUGUGGACUCAAGCCAGGCAGAUGGGAUGGUACGCAGCCAAAUGCAUAGCAGCAGAUGCAUUAGGGGAAUCAAUCGAUCUGGAUUUCAGCUUUGAACUAUUUGCUCAUGUUACAAAAUUUUUCAAUUACAAGGUGGUGGUAUUGGGAAAGUACAAUGCUCAAGGCUUGGGUUUAGACCAUGAACUAAUGCUGAGGUGUACCAAGGGACAGGAGUACGUGAAAGUAGUGAUGCAGAGCGGCCGAAUGGUGGGAGCUGUGCUGAUCGGUGACACGGACUUGGAAGAAACCUUUGAAAACUUAAUUUUAAAUCAAAUGGAUCUUUCAGCCUAUGGUGAAGAUCUUCUGAAUCCAGAUAUUGAUAUAGAAGAUUAUUUUGAUUGAACAAAACCCCAUUUCCAUUUUGUAUAAAGUUUUGACACUGAGUAAUAUGUCUUAUAUAAUUGUUUCCUCAGGAUUACCAGAAACGUACCAGGGAUAAAUGCAGUUCCUUAGUAAGAUUUUGUAUUGAUCUUGUCAAAAUACUGACUGGCAAAUUUAAUUAAUCUGUGUCAAAAUGCAGCAACAAAAGCAAGCGAAUUAGUGUUGGCAAAGAAAUUUCAUCUGGCUUAGAUGAGUGUAUGAAAACAAGGCUGUGACAGUCUUUUAACAAGUGGGCUUCACUGUGCUGUUAAGGUGGUACCAUAUUCAUUUGAAUGCAGGGUAGCUUUCAUUUUUAGAACUAAAU